UUGUUGUCUUCUUCUUCAAGGUUAAUUAAAAGGCAAAUUUUGCUACUGCUCAAAUGCAAAUUUUGGUACUGCUGCCCCUUUAGCCCCACGUUUAAAUAUGUUGAACUAUCAAGUAUCUAUUGAAUUGCUUAAUUUGUGUUUCCCAUUUAUGCUUAUUUGAUGCAAUUCAAGUCACAUGUUUGCUUGAUGAAUGUUGUCCACUAAAUCUAACUGAUCAAUUUGUAAAUACGAACAUUAUUAAUGGUCACAUUCUUAAUUUCCUAUAGAGUAGAUGGUGACUUCCAAACACCCAUAACUAUACUGUAGAGCUAAUUUGUCACUGUUCUUUUAGUCCUAAAAUAUAAUAUUAAAAAAAAAAAAAAAUUGUAGGAUCAAAGUAAUUAUCAUGGAUGGUGAAUCUACGAGUUGUCAUCGUUUGAAUUUUGAAGGAAAUGAAGAUAGUUGGGAAGGUGACUUUGAUAUUAUUAAUGAAGGUAAUAAGAUUUAUCUUUGGGAAUGUAUUGAGCUUCAAUAUAUCGAAUUUUCCUUUUUAGACAUUUUUAUUUGUUUGUGUGUUGUUAUAGGAUUGAACAUUGAAACAGAUUUGGAUAUACCACAAAUGGGGCUAGAAUUUGAAACAGAAGAAGAUGCAUAUCAAUUUUAUUUGGCAUAUGCUAAAAAGGUUGGAUUUGGCAUAAGGAGAGGUAAAACCCAUAUGGAUAAAUCGGGUAAAUUACUUGAUAGGGUUUUUUUUUGCUGUGCCCAACGUAAAAGAGGAAAAGACAAAUGAGAUCUUUAUAUCAAAGUAAGUCGUGAUGAAACAAGGUUUGGUUGUGAGGCUAAAAUGAAGAUUAGUAUUCGGAAAAAAACUAAGUUUACUGUGGUGCAAUUUGUUAAAGAGCAUAAUCAUUAUCUGUCAAGUCCAAACAAAACACACCUCUAUAGAAGUCAUAGAAAUAUAUCUUCUUCUGCAGCGAUACAGAUUGAUAUGGCAAGUGAUGUGGGAAUCCCCCCAAAAGCAUCUCAUAAUCUUAUGGUGAGACAAGUAGGUGGGAGGGAGAAUCUAGGAUUUAUUCCUGAGGAUUACAAAAACUACUUGCGAUCCAAAAGAACAAUAAACAUGAGAGUUGGGGAUAUAGGGGGUGUAUUGGAGUAUUUGCAGAAAAUGCAGUUUGAUGAUCCAAAUUUUUUUUAUGCUAUUCAAGUUGAUGAAGAUGAUUUGAUUACUAAUAUUUUUUGGUCUGAUGCUAAGAUGAGAGCUGAUUAUGCUAAUUUUGGAGAUGUUGUUUGCUUUGACACCACCUACAGAAAGAACAAUGAAGGUCGACCAAUUGCGUUGUUUGUAGGUGUUAAUCAUCAUAAACAAUCCAUACUUUUUGGUGCAGCUUUAUUAUAUGAUGAAACCAGUUUAACUUUUGAGUGGUUGUUUGAUACAUUAACUAGAGCUAUGGGUGAGAAAAAACCAACUACUAUUCUUACAGAUCAAGAUGCAGCAAUGGCAAAAGCAUUAGCUUCCAGAUGGCCUGAAACACAUCAUCGUUUGUGCAUUUGACACAUUUAUCAAAAUGUCGCCAUACAUUUGAGUCAAGUUUUUUCUCAGUUUAGAGACUUUGCUAAAGAUUUUGCCUCAUGUAUAUAUGAUUUUGAUGAAGAGGAAGAUUUUAUGUCAGCAUGGAACAUAAUGUUAGCAAAGUAUGCACUUGAAGAUAAUGAUUGGUUGAGGCGCAUGUACAAUAUCAAGGAAAAAUGGGCUUUGGUAUAUGGACGACAAAUGUUUUGUGCGGAUAUGACUACAACCCAAAGAAGUGAGAGCAUGAAUAGUAUUGUGAAAAAGUAUGUCACUUAUAAACACAAGUUUCUAGACUUCUUCAAUCACUUCCAAAGACUCCUUGAUGAUCGUCGAUAUGAAGAAUUAAAAGCUGAUUUCAGAUCAAAUACAACUGUUCCACAUUUAAUGUUUCCAAUUGAGAUUUUAAAGCAUGCUAGUGAAAUUUAUACUCCUAAGGCAUACAAGUGUUUUCAACAAGAGUGGUGUCUAUCUCAUGAUUCCAAUCUAGAGAUUGUUGAGGAUGUUGAUACAUUUACAAAAUAUAAAGUGACUCCUCACAAAAAGAGAAAUCAUCAUAUAGUUACACUUGAUAAGAAGUGUGAACAAAUUGAGUGCAGCUGUAGAAAAUUUGAAUUUGCUGGAAUUUUAUGUUCUCAUAUUCUGAAAAUAUUUACAUGGAAAAAUAUCAUGAAGAUCCCUAAUGAGUAUGUAUUGAAAAGGUGGACAAGAAAAGCAAAAAUUGGAUAUUUUGAAGUUAAUGAUUCAAUGGCCAAUAAUGCUAGUUUGGAUCCAAAAUUAAUUCAAAACAUGCGAUACAAAGAGUUGUGUGGGUUGAAUGUUCAAUUUGUUACCAAGGCAGCGGAAAGGGAGGACACUUAUAAGUUUGUUAAAGAUGCUAUGUUGAGUUUGUGUAAGAUGGUGGAUGAUAAGUUACAAGUUAAUGAAUCAAAUGUCCAACAAUCAAAUGUGAGCCAAGCAUCAUGGGAAUUUGAUUAUGGUGAAGGGAACUCUACUGGAGUGAAAGGGAUUAAAAUGAAGAAAAAAACGAUGUCAAGGAAGAGGUUGAAAGGUGGGUUAGAGAAGAUUUCAAGGAAAAGAAAAGCAGCGAGGAAAACAAACCAAGCUUCAACAAUUAGUGCAGAUCAAACUAUUUCCAGCGUGGCCAGCGUACAAUAUGACCAGAUCAAUCAUCAACCUAUAAAUUCUGUGCCAACAAUUGGUAGCUCUAUUGGUAGUUUCAAUAUGACUGAGCCACCAUUAUUGCCAUCACAAGUUUCUCAGGUACAAUUCCCAUUUGUGCAGUUUGUUGGACCACCUCCUGCGGCCUCCUCUCCUUAGACAUCAACGAUCUCGUUCCAAAUGCUUUGGGAGUCUUAAAAGGAAGACAAUGCUGAGAUUGAACUCUUACAUAACUUUCUAAAUUGUUGCAUCUCCCUUUUGGCAAUGGAGUUGUGUUUACUUUUUGUUGGAAAAAUAUUGUUAGCUAUAUUUGAUGAUUCCUGAUGUAUCCUAGUUUGAUGUAUAUAUAGGAAUUGGAUAUGAUAGUUGUUCUUGUAGAUUAAAUGUUCCAUGAGAAAUUUUGUA